AUGCAGCAGCCAGUCCUGGCAGGUUGCAUCGUGGCCUCGGCCUAUGCUGCCAACAUCAGAAGCGUCACGGCGACCAUCGCGGGCGGGGCAGAAGUGACGUUGGCGCCGCGGCCGGGUCACUCGGUGGUGUCCCAGGUGGUGUCCCAGGUGGUGUCGAGCAGCCUCCGCGGCCCGAGGACGCAUCUGGAGGAGGGCCUGCCAGGGGGAGGUGCCACCAGCGCCUUCCGCGGGAUGAUCGACGCGGUGCUGGCGGUCUAUUGGCUGGGCGCCCUGCUGUCGCUGCUGCGGAUCCUGCGGGAGCUGGCCGCGCUGGCGGCCUUGGGCUCCUUUGACUGGCGGCCCCUCGUGGCGCCGGUGUCUGCUGGCUUCGCUUUUGUGCCGCUGGCCUUGGCAGGAUACCUCGUCUUCAAUAAAGAAGGGACCUGCAGCUAUGCGAAUUCCAUGAACAACUUCAUCAUCCCGAUCAGUGAUUUGUCUGCCUGUGGCGAUCGCAGCUACAACAUGCCGGAGCUCUUGGUUGAGCUGAUGCUGAUCUCAGCAAUGAGCUCCUCCGUCUAUGUAAUGCUGCUGUCGAGGCACUUAGAGCUGCACUUUCUCGGGCAGUACUGGCAGUCCUUGGGCUGCAAGCUGCUGAGAGUCCUGGGCUGCGUAGCCAUGGCCGGGCUGGUCGGGGUGGUGCUGAUCCCCACCUACUUGUCCCGGCUGCCGCACCGCACGGCCGCCUAUGUCUUCUUCCUGGCGAGUAUUUGGAUGCUCUUCCUGUACAGCAACUCGGCUUUCGGCUGCUUGUCGGAUGUGUCAUGA